GAAGCGUGCUUGGCCAUGGCUGAGGGCGCGGCUGGCAGGGAGGGUUCGGCGCCUCUCGACGCUGCAGGAGGCGAAGACGACCCCAGAGUCUCAGACUCUGCCUCCGGAGACGCUGCACCCGCGGCCUCGGGUGGCCGGAUGAGGGACCGUCGCAGUGGGGUCGCACUGCCUGGCGCUGCGGGAGUCCCCGGGGACAGCGAGGCCGGCCUCCUUGAGGCUGCGCGAGCGACCCCCAGGCGCAGCAGCAUCAUCAAGGAUCCUUCAAACCAAAAAUGUGGUGGAAGAAAGAAGACAGUGUCCUUCAGCAGCAUGCCUUCAGAGAAGAAGAUUAGCAGUGCCCAUGACUGCAUCAGCUUCAUGCAGGCUGGCUGUGAGCUGAAGAAAGUGCGGCCAAACUCCCGCAUCUACAACCGAUUUUUCACCCUAGACACAGACCUCCAGGCUCUACGCUGGGAACCUUCCAAGAAAGACCUGGAAAAAGCCAAGCUGGACAUUUCUGCCAUCAAGGAGAUCAGACUGGGGAAGAACACAGAGACAUUCAGAAACAACGGCCUUGCUGACCAGAUCUGUGAAGACUGUGCCUUCUCUAUACUCCAUGGGGAAAAUUAUGAGCCCCUGGACCUAGUUGCCAAUUCGGCAGAUGUAGCAAACAUCUGGGUGUCAGGGUUACGGUACCUGGUCUCGCGCAGUAAGCAACCACUUGACUUUAUGGAGGGGAACCAGAACACACCACGGUUCAUGUGGCUGAAAUCGGUGUUUGAAGCUGCCGAUGUUGAUGGGAAUGGGAUAAUGUUAGAAGACACUUCCGUGGAGUUAAUAAAACAACUCAACCCUACUCUGAAGGAAUCUAAGAUCAGGUUAAAGUUUAAAGAAAUCCAGAAGAGCAAAGAAAAGCUAACCACUCGGGUGACAGAGGAGGAAUUUUGUGAAGCUUUUUGUGAACUUUGCACCAGGCCAGAAGUAUAUUUCUUACUUGUACAGAUAUCUAAGAACAAAGAGUAUCUAGAUGCUGAUGACCUCAUGCUUUUUCUAGAAGCUGAGCAAGGGGUCACCCAUAUCACUGAGGAUAUGUGCUUGGAUAUCAUUAGGAGAUAUGAACUUUCUGAAGAAGGCCGUCAGAAAGGGUUUCUUGCUAUUGAUGGUUUUACCCAGUAUUUAUUAUCUCUAGAAUGUGACAUUUUUGAUCCAGAGCAAAAGAAGGUUGCCCAAGAUAUGACCCAACCCUUAUCACAUUACUACAUCAAUGCAUCCCAUAAUACCUACCUGAUAGAGGAUCAGUUCAGGGGUCCAGCGGAUAUCAAUGGGUAUGUGAGGGCUUUGAAAAUGGGCUGCCGAAGCAUUGAGCUUGAUGUGAGUGAUGGUUCAGACAAUGAGCCCAUCCUUUGCAAUAGAAACAACAUGGCCAUGCACCUUUCCUUUCGCAGUGUUCUAGAGGUAAUUAAUAAGUUCGCCUUUGUUGCCUCAGAGUACCCACUCAUUCUCUGCUUGGGGAAUCACUGUUCUCUGCCGCAGCAGAAAGUCAUGGCCCAGCAGAUGAAAAAAGUAUUCGGCAAUAAACUCUAUACAGAAGCACCUUUGUCAUCGGAAUCCUACCUCCCAUCACCUGAAAAACUAAAAAAUAUGAUCAUUGUGAAAGGAAAGAAAUUGCCUCCAGAGUCAGAUCUGUUGGAAGGAGAAGUGACUGAUGAGGAUGAAGAGGCUGAAAUGUCCCGGCGGAUGUCGGGGGAUUAUAAUGGUGAGCAGAAACAUAUUUGGCUCUGCCGGGAGCUCUCUGAUUUGGUAUCCAUCUGUAAGUCUGUCCAGUACAGGGAUUUUGAACUGUCUAUGAAAACCCAGAAUUACUGGGAAAUUUGUUCAUUUAGUGAAACAGAGGCCAGCCGAAUUGCAAAUGAAUACCCAGAAGAUUUUGUGAAUUACAACAAGAAGUUCUUAUCAAGGAUCUACCCCAGUGCCAUGAGGAUAGAUUCCAGUAAUUUGAACCCACAGGAUUUCUGGAAUUGUGGCUGUCAGAUUGUUGCAAUGAAUUUUCAAACUCCGGGUCCAAUGAUGGACCUCCACACUGGCUGGUUUCUUCAAAAUGGAGGGUGUGGCUAUGUUCUGAGGCCAUCUAUCAUGCGAGAUGAAGUUUCGUACUUCAGUGCAAAUACAAAGGGCAUUGUGCCUGGAGUGUCUCCCUUGGUCCUCCACAUUAAGAUCAUCAGUGGUCAGAACUUCCCAAAGCCCAAGGGAGCUUGUGCCAAAGGGGAUGUCAUAGACCCCUAUGUUUGUGUAGAGAUUCAUGGAAUUCCAGCUGAUUGUGCUGAGCAAAGAACUAAAACUGUACAACAGAACAGCGAUAAUCCCAUUUUUGAUGAAACUUUUGAGUUUCAAGUCAACCUUCCUGAGCUGACCAUGGUCCGUUUUGUUGUUUUGGAUGAUGACUACAUCGGGGAUGAGUUUAUAGGGCAAUACACAAUACCAUUUGAAUGUCUGCAGCCUGGUUACCGGCAUGUUCCCCUGCGCUCCUUUGUUGGGGAUAUCAUGGAGCACGUGACCCUUUUUGUCCACAUAGCAAUAACUAAUCGAAGUGGAGGAGGAAAAGCCCAGAAGCGCAGCCUUUCUGCCAGAAUGGGGAAGAAAGUUCGAGAAUAUACUAUGCUCAGGAAUAUCGGUCUUAAAACCAUAGAUGAUAUCUUCAAAAUAGCAGUUCAUCCCUUGCGAGAAGCCAUAGACAUGAGAGAAAACAUGCAGAACGCCAUAGUGUCUGUUAAGGAGCUGUGUGGACUCCCUCCGAUCGCCAGUCUGAAGCAGUGCCUGUUAACCCUGUCCUCUCGUCUCAUCACCAGCGACAAUGCUCCUUCUGUGACUCUUGUGAUGAAGGACAGCUUCCCUUACUUGGAGCCUCUGGGUGCAAUGCCGGAUGUACAGAAGAAGAUGCUGGCUGCAUAUGACCUGGUGAUUCAAGAAAGCCGGGUCCUCAUAGAAAUGGCAGACACAGUCCAGGAAAAGAUUGCACAGUGUCAGAAAGCAGGGAUGGAGUUCCACGAAGAACUUCAUAAUCUGGGGGCAAAGGAAGGCUUGAAAGGAAGAAAACUCAACAAGGCGAUUGAGAGCUUUGCUUGGAACAUUACUGUGUUGAAGGGGCAAGGAGACCUACUGAAGAAUGCCAAGAAUGAAGCAAUAGAGAACAUGAAGCAGAUCCAGCUGGCCUGUUUGUCUUGUGGACUGAGCAAAGGCCCUGGCAGUGGUCCCGAGGCCAAGGGCAAACGCAGCCUGGAAGCAAUAGAGGAGAAGGAAAGUAGUGAGGAGAAUGGGAAGCUGUGACCGAGGCAGUGUGCAUGCCCUCUACAAGGACUCUGAUUUCUCAUUCUUGUCUUUUUGUUCUGUUUUUACAUUCUUUAGAUGUCCACAAAGGUGAUGCCCUGUUUG